CACACGGGAGGCAGAGCUCGCACCGCAAUCUGGUCCCGCACGGCCGGCCGGCUAUGGUGUCGGGUAUGGCAUCCAUCCUGGAAGGGGGAGAUUAUCGAGCCGAGCACAGCCUGACGGCCCCUCUGCACCCGGCCAUGAGCAUGUCCUGCGAAUCGCCGUCCGGGAUGAGCCUGAGCAGCACCUACACCACGCUCACCCCCCUGCAGCACCUGCCGCCCAUCUCCACCGUGUCCGAGAAGUUCCACCACCCUCACCACCAUCAUCACCACCACCACCAUCCUCACCAACGCCUGGCCGGCAACGUGAGCGGCAGCUUCACCCUGAUGAGGGACGAACGCAGCCUCGCUUCCAUGGGCAACCUCUACAGCCACUACCCCAAGGACAUGCCGGCUAUGGGGCAGCCCCUCUCUCCUCUCCCCAACGGGCUGGGCAGCCUGCACAACGCUCAGCAACCUCUGACUCCGUACGGUCCUGGCGGCCACUUGCCCAACGACAAGAUGCUGUCGCCCAACGGCUUCGAUUCUCACGCCGCGAUGCUGUCCCGGGGUGAGGAGCACCUGGCGAGGGGUUUGGGAGCCCCCAGCUCGGCUAUGAUGCCGCCCCUCAACGGGAUGCAUCCUCACGGUCACCCGCAUCCCCAAGCCGGAGGUUCUUUGCUGGCAGAAAGGGAUCGCCAGGCCUCGGCCAGCGGAUCUCAAAGCGGAGGAUCGGGGCAGGUUGAGGAAAUCAACACCAAAGAGGUGGCACAAAGGAUCACGGCCGAGCUGAAACGUUACAGCAUCCCGCAGGCGAUCUUCGCUCAGAGGAUCUUGUGCCGUUCGCAGGGAACCCUCUCGGAUCUGCUGAGGAACCCAAAACCCUGGAGUAAGCUUAAAUCGGGUCGGGAGACUUUCCGGAGGAUGUGGAAAUGGUUGCAGGAACCCGAAUUUCAGAGGAUGUCUGCGCUCAGGCUCGCAGGUACGGAGCGAGGAGAAGCGAGGGGACACGGAGGGGGUGGGGGGCCCUCCCCCACCUACCUGGAUUGUGACAACCCCCCCAUCACCCCCACAGCCAGGGGCCUAAAGGAGGUGGGGACCCGGUGUGGUGUCCCUGAGCAGCAGUUGGACGUCCCUGAGCUGAGCAUGCCUGAGCCGACGUCGCACAGCACGGAAAAGAAGCGUGAGAGAAGUGCAGAGAAGGUGGGAACAAAGGGCAGCGCCGCGGUGCCUGCAGUCCCCAAGAGCCUCCCCGUGAAAGCAAAGGUGGAGCCCCACAGCCUGGACCCCGCGGAGGAGCCGCUCAUCUGGGAAGGGCUCACCCCCAGCAAGUGCAUCCUGGUGGCCUCCAUCAUCGCCCUGCUCAGUGUCAGCUUCCAGGUGCUCCAAGCUCCACCAUGCCCCAGGGAUGAUGUCAGCAGUGGCAAGCAAGAGCCCCCAGCAGCUCCCAUCCAUGAGGUCGUCAUCCCCAAGGAGGAGGUCCCAGAGGUGGUGGCUCCACAGCCCGUCCCGCCUGAGAGCAGCAUGCUGGAGGAUGACGAUGGUGACGAUGACGAAGCGGACAGCAACCUGGCCGAGCCCUGGAUCUUCAAGAAGUGGUUUGGCCGCUCGGAGCCGGGGCAUGAGGAGGAAGAGCCUGGAGAAGAGGAGGAAGAGCCCACAGAGAAAUCUGAGGAGCCAACAGCCAAAGUGGAGCUGAGGAGAGGAGAAACCACGGGGCCCAGAGAAGAAAAGGAGGAGACCCGAGGUCUGGAGAAGGAGGAGAAAACUUGA